UGUGGUUUGCGCUCGUACAUUCAUAAUGAUAACAAAACGACAUUACCACAUUUUAGGUCAUGUGUCGCAACUGCAGAAGUCAUCGUACAUAUAGUGACGCACGAAGGUGCAUCACACUGGUAGCGGUGGAAACCCAUAAUGGGUCUGCAUAUUCAUGACGGGGAAGUGUACUUCUGACCCGAGCGAGACUAAAAAUUCCUGCAUACCUACAGUAGAGUCUGGAUAUAACGGGACCGGUGAGAGAGCUUCAGCCUACAAUAUAAUCAUCAGCUGUCAGCCUUGUCUUCCUGCAGAGCCGGCGAGUAAUAAAUAUAUAUAUUACGAGACGGUUGCCGCAACUAGGCAGAGAGAAAUUGAAAUCUCAAAUGGACAUGCAUGGUUAAUGGGCUUUCGGUCCCACAUCGUCCACCGGGAAUUCUGCAGAUUUCGUACUGCGACCGCAUGGCAAACUCAGCCAGUGUUCUUACGUACCGUGGAACUUUUAGUGACGCCCGAAACUCAAGCACAAGUUCAAGUUGCACAACUCGGUCACCGGUACACAAAUGAUCAUCAGGAUCCGCCACAAUUCUAUCAUCUUUCAGUGGUUCUACCCGACAAAGAUACCAUGUCGCCGCACCUCAUACCCAUUCUAUCCCGAAUUCUUGUCGAUCCCUACAUGGAUUUAUCUGCCAGACCGAGCCCGAGCUGCAUAUCUAUCCCAAACAAUCCAGGGUGUGUUCGUCACCCGCAUGGACCACAAACCAUGCCUCAGGUCCCCGACUCCGCGGUGCCGUACUGUAAAAACGUAUGAUACCCAACAUGGAACACAUCAAUCGGAAGCAACCAAGAGGCAAAUUUUGAACACUCAUAGCCGAUUUAUGGUGUAGUUGGCCGUUGAAUCCGCUUUUCUCGAUCGGUGUUUCGGGGCUAUAUGACAUGUGCCCAGCAGACUUCCCUUAACUAGGGUGCUCACUGGCUGCCCAGGUUGACCGCUCGGCCGUCAGUCUGAUCUCGGCC